AUGACGUCAUCGACAGCUUCAGAUGAAUUGGAUGAUAAUGUUCUGAUUACGAAUGAGAUACACUCCGAAAACGACAGUGGCAUCGACUCGCUCCGUCAGAAUUGUUCUCCAUACGUACUCGAUGGAUACAAUAAAAAUGGAUCGAAAGGAAGUCGAGAGGGAGCAAGAUUCAGACAACUGAAAGAGCGUCGAAAAUCACUUGGAGCCCUUAUGGACUCGGCUGAAAUCGAGAAGUUGUACUUGGAAAGUGAUUAUUUCUGGCAGACGGCUUGCAAUGAUAACAACGAUAAUCAUACGGUAACUGGAAGUUCGGAGAUUGACACGUGUCUACAGUAUCAUCUGAAUCGAAUUUUGAAGUGUUUAGAGAGUCUCGAGAGUAUCGAGACGGACUGUCCAUUAGUCUACAAGACAUCGGAAAUGUUGAAACGAUUGGAAGUGGAAACAGUGACACUUGAUGAUCUACUUCGAAUCGCAAAAAGUGCUCCAGCUCUUCCGAAUAUUUCGAAUGUUCUAACUGAGAUUGAAGCGUGUCCAGAAGUACAAGAGAUAUGGUUAUCCACGUGUUAUCCGUUGAAUUCUUCAUUGAUUGUGCCGAAGGAUAAGCUGAAGACACAGAUUAAACUGCAAAUUGCUCAUAUUACUGAGCAGAUUUAUCCACAUCUUGUUAGUCGAGUGGCCGAAUCGAUCAUCCGUCUCCUCAACGACAACGUUCAAAAAGAGACGUCAAACGUGACAGUAUUCCAUUUCGUCGGAAUAUUCAAAGGAAGACAUUUCGAGCCAUACAUUGAGAAUAUGGGACAUGACGCGUGGAUGGUCACUCUCUUGGAUACUGAACAAAUUCAAAAAGUGGCACAAGUUGUCGAUCGACUAUCCAAUGUUCCAGUUGUGCCACCACUGGAAUCACUCAAACAUUUGGGAGUUCUUCUUGCGAGAGGCGACUUUAGGAUUUCCAUGAUUGUUGAACAAUACCUCCGUCAAGCCAGUGGCCAUUUACUAUCCGAUCUACUCUCCUCAUAUCUCUGUCUUCUUGAAGAUGACACUACGGAUGCUCGUCUUGGAGCACUCAAGGCUCUCGCUAUUUUUGAUAAUCCCCGAAUCUCAAAACAAAUCACGUACGUGGCGGAACACGACUCUUCAGAAGACGUCCGUCGAUUCGCCACCUCAAUGUUACGUGGAUUCGAAGAAGAGGUCACACGGAUUUAG